GGACGGAGAGCGGGCGGGCGAGCGGAGCGGAGCUGGCGGUGGCGGCAGCGGCGGCGGCGGGGCGGCAGCGGCGGCGUGAGGCCGGGGGGCGGGAUAAUCAUGGGUCAAACAGGGAAGAAGUCUGAGAAGGGACCAAUCUGCUGGCGAAAACGUGUGAAAUCAGAGUACAUGAGGCUGAGGCAGCUCAAGAGGUUCCGCCGUGCAGAUGAAGUCAAGAGUAUGUUUAACUCUAACCGUCAGAAGAUACUGGAGAGAACAGAAAUCUUAAAUCAAGAGUGGAAACAACGUAGGAUACAGCCUGUUCACAUCAUGACUUCUGUGAGCUCAUUGCGCGGGACCAGGGAGUGCUCCGUUACCAGCGACAUAGAUUUUCCCAAACAAGUCAUCCCACUGAAGACUCUCAAUGCUGUUGCCUCUGUGCCUAUAAUGUAUUCCUGGUCUCCCCUUCAGCAGAAUUUUAUGGUAGAGGAUGAAACUGUGUUACAUAACAUUCCAUACAUGGGAGAUGAGGUGCUUGACCAGGAUGGUACUUUUAUUGAAGAACUGAUCAAGAACUAUGAUGGGAAAGUGCAUGGAGACAGAGGUGAGCCCAAACACUCAGAAUGUGGAUUUAUCAACGACGAAAUCUUUGUUGAGCUGGUCAAUGCGCUUGGUCAGUAUAGUGAUGAUGAAGAUGAUGAUGAUGGAGAUGAUAACCCUGAGGAAAGAGAUGACAAGCAAAAAGACCGGGAAGGUACCAGGAUGGAGAAAGAAAGUCACCCACCCCGAAGGUUUCCCUCAGACAAGAUCUUUGAAGCCAUUUCCUCCAUGUUUCCAGACAAGGGUACAGCAGAAGAACUGAAAGAGAAAUACAAAGAACUCACUGAGCAGCAGCUUCCUGGAGCUCUUCCUCCUGAAUGCACACCAAACAUAGAUGGACCAAAUGCCAAAUCUGUUCAGAGGGAGCAGAGCCUGCACUCCUUUCACACACUCUUCUGCAGACGCUGUUUCAAGUACGACUGCUUCCUACAUCCAUUCCAUGCAACUCCUAACACCUACAAACGGAAGAAUACAGAGACAGCCUUAGACAACAAGCCCUGUGGACCUCACUGCUAUCAGCAUCUGGAAGGGGCAAAGGAGUUCGCAGCUGCCUUGACUGCUGAGCGCAUCAAGACACCGCCAAAGCGCCCUGGUGGCCGCCGGAGGGGAAGGCUUCCAAAUAACACCAGCAGACCCAGCACCCCAACAAUUAAUGUCUUGGAGUCUAAGGACACAGACAGCGACAGGGAAGCUGGAACUGAAACUGGAGGAGAGAACAACGACAAGGAAGAAGAGGAGAAGAAGGAUGAAACGUCCAGUUCAUCCGAAGCCAAUUCUAGGUGUCAAACACCAAUAAAGAUGAAGCCAAAUAUUGAGCCUCCAGAGAAUGUGGAGUGGAGUGGUGCAGAAGCCUCCAUGUUUCGAGUUCUUAUUGGCACUUACUAUGACAACUUCUGUGCAAUUGCCAGACUGAUUGGGACCAAAACAUGCAGGCAGGUGUAUGAGUUUAGAGUAAAGGAAUCUAGUAUUAUUGCUCCAGUCCCUGCUGAAGAUGUUGAUACUCCUCCCAGAAAGAAGAAAAGGAAACACAGGUUGUGGGCUGCUCAUUGCAGAAAGAUACAGCUGAAAAAGGAUGGGUCAUCCAAUCACGUUUACAACUACCAGCCAUGCGAUCACCCCCGCCAGCCUUGUGACAGCUCCUGCCCCUGCGUCAUUGCCCAGAACUUCUGUGAGAAGUUCUGCCAGUGCAGCUCAGAAUGCCAGAACAGGUUUCCUGGCUGCCGCUGUAAGGCGCAGUGCAACACUAAGCAGUGUCCCUGCUACCUGGCCGUGCGCGAGUGCGACCCUGACCUCUGCCUGACGUGUGGGGCAGCUGACCACUGGGACAGCAAAAACGUCUCUUGCAAGAACUGCAGCAUUCAGAGAGGAUCCAAAAAGCACUUGCUCUUGGCCCCUUCAGAUGUGGCAGGCUGGGGAAUUUUCAUCAAAGAUCCUGUGCAGAAGAAUGAAUUCAUCUCCGAGUACUGUGGUGAGAUUAUCUCUCAGGAUGAGGCAGACAGAAGAGGCAAAGUGUACGACAAGUACAUGUGCAGCUUUCUCUUUAACUUGAAUAACGAUUUUGUGGUUGAUGCGACACGCAAGGGCAACAAAAUCAGAUUUGCAAACCAUUCAGUCAAUCCCAACUGCUAUGCAAAAGUGAUGAUGGUUAACGGCGACCACAGAAUAGGAAUCUUUGCUAAAAGAGCCAUUCAGACUGGUGAAGAACUGUUCUUUGACUACAGAUAUAGCCAAGCUGAUGCCCUCAAGUAUGUGGGCAUUGAAAGAGAAAUGGAAAUCCCUUGACACCAGCUACCUCCUCUUUUAAAGAAACAAACAAACAGCUGCCUUAUCUUCAGGAAUCUCUAGUACUGUGGGCAAGUUCAGAGAGACAAGCGAUGCAAGCUGAAAUCCUGUCUUUGCAAAGUACUGUAACAGUUAAUUUAUAGUAACAAGUUUGACAAGAGACAAACCAACUUUUUAUUGCCUUCUCACCAGCUGCAAAGUGUUUUUGUACCGAUGAACUUUUGCAAUAAGGGUGUGGUACAUUUUUCAACCUUGAAUAAAGGAUACUUGAACUUGGUCAUUUUUA